AUGGCAAGCGCAAAGCUCUUCAGAGUCGAUGGGCUCGUGGCCCUCAUCACCGGCGGCGGCAGCGGCCUAGGCCGAAUGAUGGCACACGCCCUGGCAUCCAACGGCGCCCACAAAGUGUACAUCUUCGGGCGCCGCGAGGACAAGCUAAAGCAGGCGGCAGAAGGCCACGACAACAUCAUCCCCAUUCAAGGCGACGCGCUCGACAAAGACGCCCUCCAAGCCGCGGCGGAGCGCGUGAAGGCCGAAGUGGGCUAUCUCAACGUGCUCAUCGUCAACAGCGGAGCGACGGGACCAAUUGCAAAGCUGCCCCCAUCCGGCUCGAUCGGGGAUUUGCAGGAGCACUUCUGGUCAUAUUCGACGGACGAGAUUAAUCAUGUGUUUGCCCUGAACAACACGGCCGCGUUCUUCACCCUCGUCGCUUUCCUCGAAUUAUUGCACGCCGGCAAUGAGAAGAAGAACCGCCCGGACAUCCAGAGCUCCGUCAUAUUCACCGCUAGUAUCGCCGGGUACGCGCGAGCACUGGCUACCGGCGUGGCGUACAUUCCCAGCAAAGCGGCGACGAUCCAGUCUACCAAAAUGUACUCCACGCUGUUGGCGAAGUGGAAUAUUCGCGUCAACGCCAUCGCGCCGGGCAUGUACCCUAGCGAGAUGACGGAAAGCAUCCUGGGGAAUCCCAAGUUGCUGGAAACAAUACCGGCGCACCGGUAUGGGACGGAAGAGGACAUGCAGGGCUUGAUAUUGUUCCUCACUUCUCGUGCUGGGGCGUAUAUCAACGGAGAUGUGUUGAUUACCGAUGGCGGACGAUUGAGCCAGAUGCCAGCAUCGUACUGA